AUGUCUCACACAUCCAAUUCUGCGUCCGCGCAUGGCCAUUCACAGGUCUCGCGCACGGGCGGAAGCGGCGGCCCCCGGUCGCAGGCCGCGCCCGGCGGGCACGACAAUGACGUCGCUCGCCUCGCUCUCGGUCUGCAGGCCCUCCGCGUAGGGUCUGCUGGUGGGACGAACGGCCUGGAGCACACCUCUCGCAUCCUCCAUGGGCAAGAACACCGCGCACGCCUCGCGCAAGACCGUCCCGCGGCGAGUGCAGACGAGAGCGCGGCUCCGCGCCAUACUCUCAGCUCGCGCGAGAGCGCCAGAGAAGACGUCGCCACGGCCCGUGCUCUCGGCGUUCCGACAUCGACCUGGGAAUCGCCCACCUCCACUGCCCACCCGCCGCCGCCGUUGUCGCGUUUAUCGCUCCCUCCAUGGCCGUCCACUCCGCCGUCGAGCCUUCCAUCCCCACCCCUCUCGUCUCGGUCGGAUGUCCGCGUCAACGAUGGCACACCCCGCGGUAGCCUCGCGAGCAGCCACCGGUCGUCUAGCACCUCGUUCUCUUUCAGCCCGAGCAGCGAAGGAGCGUCCGCGUAUACCACCCCUGCGACGUCCCCCGGAUCCGACGCGCAAGGCCAGCUGCCCGCACCUCCACCUCCCCGCGCGCGCGUUCGAUUCUAUCGGGCCCCAUCCACCACCCCGUCGACCUCGACUUCAACGACGGUGACACACACCGCCACAUCCACGGCCACCCUCGCUGCUCCGUACAACUCCAUCACCCCGUUCCUCGCCUCUCUCCCCCGGCCUUUCAGGUGGGACCUGCGCGAAGCCCUCCCGCACGACCUCCUCCGCGAUCCGCGCUGCGAAGCACAAGCAUUCGCCACCGGCUUCUCGCGGUGCAAGAUCAUCUUCAACGAAGGCUCGAACACGGAGUUCUUCGCCCAUUGCACGUCGUCUGGGCGCAGGCCUCCCACCAUCGCGGAUGUCCUCAACUGCAUCGCGUACAAGCUCGCGGAGGGGUGCGACUGGUUCGUCGAGGACGAGCCGAUUGGAGCACGCCCGGAGCAGAGCAACCUUGCGCGUAGGGGUGACGGCGAGGCGACGUACGCGGACCUCCUGGGCGGCUCCCGGUGCUUCUUCUGGGGUCUGAAGGAGACCGGAGCGUCGCGGGAGUUCGCGGUGGUGCUGGGAGGCAGGCGUAGGCCCGUCUAG